AACCCUUUGAUUAAUCGAGUAAGACCCUUGUCGUGACUUCUCUCGAAGUUCCGACAGAUCAUCAAUGGCGCCUGAGAGAAAAGGAGCUGGCAAAUCCGGCGGUAUAGACUCGAGCAUCUUAGCGAAGAUCAUAAAUCACGAAGUCGCCUCUAAGGGGAGACGCGCAGCGUGCGGCGCAGUCUACGUGUCGAAGAAGCUGUUACGAAGUACGGGGAAAGCUGCGUGGAUCGCGGGAACGACUUUUCUCAUCCUCGUCGUGCCUUUGUUCAUACAAGCGGAGCGAGAUCAGAUGUUAGGCGAGAUUGAGUUUCAGCAAGCCAGCAUUCUCGGACCUCCACCUCCCGGAGCUCUAUAAAAUAAGUGACUGUAGAAAGCCUAAUCCGUCCAUCAUAUCAGAAUCAGAUAAUUAAAUUUGGAUUUUCAUGUUGUCGGAUUAGUAUCAUCUAUUAGUAUAACUUGAGGUUCCUUCACUGUACUGAUCGGAUUAGUAUCAUCUAUUAGUAUAACUUGAGGUUCCUUCACUGUACUGAUUACUCAUGAAUAUUUAUAUUUUUCAUUAUUACAGUGUUGUAUGGCAUGAUCCUUAAUGCACUUACCAAACCUUGAUGAUGUUCCGUUUUGUUCAACAAUUGAGUCAAGUAUUGAUCGUUUGAUUUGAACAUCCAAAUAUAAUUGUAUUGAUCUCAGGCUUCAUAGCUAAUGAUACUCUGGCUUUCUUUUGUUUAAUCAUCUAUCGAUUCUCACAACUGCUACUUCGCAGCUGCCUCUGGCAUGAUCACCUCUCUAUGAUCAAUUUAAAGGCUGUCUGAUUCUCCCCCUCCUACUGUCGUCUCGAUCUGGCUUUACUUAAUAUGUGAUUACUUCGUCACAAACGAAGUUGCGAGAAUGGUUCUCUUCAACGGGCUGCUUGGCUUUAAUUGGGCUUUCUGUUCUGAUCCCGACGGAAUUUUAUUCUUUCUACAUGUUCAGACUCUCUGCUAAUUAGUCUCCUAAUUCAUGGGCUUCCAGUGUCACAGUUAAUACUCAUCUUUUGAGGGUUAGAUUCUGAGAUGGGUUUUUAUUUUUUUUCAAGGGGGAUUAUUGGGACCAAAAUUUAUGUGGAAUUUGAUAAUUCAUAAAGUUGAAAAAAAUUUUAAAGUCAAGUAGAUAGAACAAAUUUGAUCAUAUAUUUUUAUAUAGAUUUCCAUUAGUUAUUAUUGAUUUGUAUAGAACUCUAUUGAUUGUUAUUAUCUUUAAAAGGUAGGAAAUUAAUGGUGGUACUAUUAAGAAAGAUGGAAUAAUUUCAAUUUUGUUCCUGCAAAUUUGGCAAAAGAUCCAAUAUAGUGCAAUGUUUCAAGAUUUUUAUGUAUGUUCUUCUUUUUCAUUACUAAUAAACACAUGUUGAUGAUAUGUUUUUUUUGGUUAACAUUUCUCAUAUAGUUUUGUAGCUAUUCUUAAUUAUCACCAGCAAUAUAUUAUGCUAAUAGCGUUAGAUUAGCAAAAAUAUAUUAGGCUGGUAUUUUAUGUUAUAUAAGUUUUAAUACAGUUUUUCAAACAAAAAAAUUGUUUAUGAGUCAUACUAGUAAGAUAACUGAAAAGAAAUGUGUGAUUUGUGUUAUUUCAUUAUUCAAUUAUGUGUGUUUGUAUUUAUGUGUCUUUAUUACAAAGCUUUUAAAAAUUUUAUGGUUAUACAUGGUAUUCUCAAAGUCGAGUCUUAUGAGUAAAAACAAAGAGAAUUUUUAUUCCAACAACAAAAGAUUUUACAAAGAUUUUAAGAAUUCAUAAACCAAUAACAAUAACAUCUUCAAAUUUUAUAAUUCCUCAGGAAUUCUUCUACCAAUAACCCCCUAAAGUUUGUUCAUAUAAUAUGUAAGAUCUUUGCCACAUUUAAAUAUAUGCACAAAGGAAAAAAUGAAAAGCACAGGCCCCACCUAUUUGAUCAUGACUCAGAAGAAAAUAAAGGUUCCAUUUUUAUUACUUUCUCAGCAUUCUUCCUGUGAGUGGUGAUUGAUCAAGUUUUUUUUUUUUGCAGAACAUUGGUGGCACCAAAUCCUCAUAUUAAGUAGGCCAUGAAGAAAUUGAACAUACCCGAGAAAAAAGUAAAGCCGGUUCUUGCGCAUCUUCGGAAGAUUUAUGAUCAUUAUUGGGAGUUUAUAGAAUGUGACAAUUAUAAGGUUCUCAUUGAAGCUAUACUCAACCAAGUCGAUGAACAUGUUUGUUUUAUUGAUUUACAUGAUGCUUUAUCUUAUCUGUUUUGAUUUCGCGUGGCUAACUUGUUCACAAUGUCGAUCUCUUUUCUUGAUUCUCGUAUGAUUAUCUACUGAAAAGAGGAAGUAAGGAAAAAAGAAGUCCAUUGUAUGUUCAAGCUUAAUGAUUUUGGUGUUUCCUUUGUUAUUUUCUCAAUUCUCAUGGUCUUGUUGUUUUAAUCUUGUAGGAUGUAGCAAUGAGUAAGGAAUGAAGAGAGUUCUUGAGGUUUGUGAACUAAGAUGGGGUAUUUAGUUUAGAAGUGCACUUGAAUUAGAGAGAACUAAAGGUUCCAUUAAAUUCUUAUGUUAUUCAAUUAUGUAUUUCAUAAAUUCUUUUAAAUUCUUGUGUUAUUGGAUUAUGUAAUUGAAAUCAUUUUCUAAGAUACUUUAGAUUAUAGUGUUAUCCAAUUCACUAUUUUUCUAAUUCUACUAAAUAUUUGUGAUAAUCAAUUUUUGGUGAAUUUCAUGAUAAUUGCAUUUGAAAAUAAUUUAAUGGAAAAUUAAUUAUAAAAUGUAAAGAACUAAUUCUUAAGGUUUAAGUUAGGACUUAAAGAUAAUUUUUAUAACAUAUAUUUAUUAGAUAUGUACAUCAAACUUAUUGAUAGAAUAGAUAUAGAAAUGUAAUAUUUGCUAUCAGUUUAUAUUAUCGUUUUUGACGAAAUGACAAAAGUAUAUCAUUUUUGUAAUCAAUAUACAAUACUAAAAGCCAAAUAUCCUCAAUGGAGAAGCCCUCCACGUCGACAGAUAAAAUCAGCCAAUAAGAUAAGUUUAUUUGUCCACGUCACACUGGUGUUGAGCAAGUCUAAGGGGGUGUUAGUGGGAGUUAGAUUUAUGAUGAUUGUUAGAAUUUAUAGAAUCUAGUGUUAUUGGUUUACACAAUAUUACAUUCUCAUUAAAAUCUAGUGUUAUUGGUUUCAUGAUUUAGUAAUUCUAUACACAAUCUUUUGUUAUUCAAAAAGUCUAGAUUUUAAUGAUUCUUUAAAUCUAUUAAAGUUGGUGUUAUUGGGAGUUGUAUUCUUCACCAUUUAACUCAUAAUGCAAGAUUUUGAGAAUACUACUUAUAUACUUUAGAUUCUUAGAAUCAUUAUAUCCAUGUAUUUUCAUAGAAUUUCAAAAUAUACAAAACUCUCUACAACUCUUUCCAAAUUUAACAAAUCUCUCAACUUUUAAAAUUAACAAAUUCUAUAUAAAUCUUAUUCCCACUAACACCCCCUAAAUGCUCAUAUUUCGUUGUUUUCAUUUGUGCAAUUAAAUGGAUUUUAAGUCUUUCAGGCCCAUCCGGUCGAUUCAAAAUCCUAAGCCACAAGCGUAAGUCUGCAACUGUCGACGUUACGUUUGGCCUCCACUCUCCGGCUAUUAAUAAGAUGAUGUUAACGAUGGCAUUCCAUCAAAGCAAGCCACGAUGUCCAAAUCCUUCCGUGUCCCUACCUUCUUCAUCUAUUGCGUACACAAUGUAUAUGUAAAUUGGUGACGAGCACUGCAGGCUCGAUGGCAAGACUGCAAAGAAGAGAUGACUGCGACGGUUGAGAUCUCAAUCCCGUCGUCAGAGAACUGAUAGUCUCCAACAAUAAAUCAAAAUUGGAGUCUCCGUCACUUGGUACUUUGGAAGAAGAAAACUGAAACAGGAUUGCUAACGGAGAUUUGGAAUGACGAAGGAACAUGUCAAAGGUUGGAUGAUUUCGAAACUCAGGCCCAUGGUAUUUGAAUCAUUCGACUCAUAUAAUUUUAACAUAUAUGUCUUCUUCAUCGUUAGUUAAUUUAGCCAUAAUUGUUUAUCAUGCAAAGAAAACCAAACUAUGAAAUAUUCAUUGUCAUUCUUUUGAUAUAUUCCUUGAUUGAUAUUGUGUUAUGGGCUGAGAAAAUAUCAAAGAUUUUAAUUUCGGCAGUCUUGGUGACAAGAAAUAUAGAAAGGAAUUCAUGAUAGAAAGAAACCUGUCUCUGGAGGAGAAAGUGCAGUGUCAGCGUUGGAUGUUUUCAUGCCCUUCCAUUCAACAGAAGAGCAUGAGGAGCUACUUCGUGUCUUCUGAGCGAGCACUGCUCGCCUAAAGAUCUCAAACAGAGAUGAUCGAGUGAUCUGGGUGGUUUUUAAAGGAGAAGGGAAAGGAGGGUUUUGUGGGUUUGGGUGUGGGAGAUGAGCUUAUGAUGUUGGAUUCCGUAGAAAAGUGAAGAACGUAGAGAGUGAAGCUGCGGACGCCAUUGCAACUCUGCUUCCUCUUCUUUGUGAGACAGAGGGGUAUUAAAGAGAAACAAGGAAAAAGAAAAAUCAUUGAGUUUGAUUGCAGUAAGUACUAAUCAGAGUAGUUUUAUUGAUGUUUUUUCACAGGAUGUUGGAAAAGCUGUACUAGAGAGCUUUCAAGAGUACUUUAAUUUCUGGCUUCUAACAUAUUUACUUGGAUUGAUCGUGUUUCCUACGUAAACAAAAACAUGAAAGGUAAUGAAAAAGUUGUUAUAUGCUUUCGACUUAA